CAGCUAAAUGUCACCUGUACCAACUCAGUGGACAUGGAGCUCUUCCUCCAUUACUCCCUUAUUCCAUCACUCUUCAUCAUUUUGGCCUUGUCCUUCCUCCAAAGACGAGCGCAUCGUAGACAGAGAGAUGACACCUCUCACCUCCUGUGGAACCCCUUUGGAAUCAUCAUGCCUCUGGACUUCGUGGGGACUUUCAGCAACCGAUGGUCCUAUGGAGUCGCCUUUGGGGCCACAGCCAACAAGGUCAUGUUCUUGUUCUCAGAAGGCUACCAGCCCCUGCAGGUCCCACAGUGGGCACAAGCUUUUCUGCUUCUCAUCGGAGGCUUCGAAGUCGGCCUGUCACACUUCCCCUUCUUUGCCUGCCUCUCCUCAGAGUUCCAGCUGGUCAGCUCCAUCCUGGGCUUUAGCUACUCUCUGAUCUGGUUUUCUGUCACCAUUCUUCAAAUCUCACAGUGUCCCCAUGGGCAGUUUUUGGGGAGGUACGAGACCCUUGUGUUCUACUGGCCCUCGCUGCUCUGCCUGGCUUUCCUGCUGGGCCGCUUCCUGCAAAUGUUUGUCAAGGCUCUAAGGGGCCAUGUGGGUUUGGAGCCCCAGACGGAAGAAAAGCCCGUGCUGGAAGCCCACCAGGCAGAGCACGUCAAACAGCUCCUGAGGAAGGUCCAAACACAAGAGAGAGAAAAAUCUUGGUUCCAAACCCAGGUGUAUGAGUGGGACCCCUGCUUCCAAUUCCCAAGCAGAAUGAUUGGAACCAUUGUGCUGGCUUUCAUCUGCCUCUAUCUCUUCAUCAUCAUUGAGUUCUGCAUGUACGUGUACGUGAGAGACAAGCUGGAUGUGUUUGAAGGCAAGUUGGAAAGCUACCUCACCUAUAUGAACGAGACAGAGACUCUGACCCCAGUCAUCCUACAAGUGAAAGAACUGAUUACUGUCACCAAAGGAGUCUGGGUGGUGACCAUUUUGCCUGCCUCCCUCACAUGUGUGAGCUAUCUGUUCCACAUUUUGGCCUGUUACAGAAAGCACAUGAAGAGGCUGUGGGCAGGAAACAAACAAUUUCUCCCUGCAAAGUUCCAUAACCCUUCUUCGUCAGAGAGUGUGGUGGCCAUUGCAAGGUACUCUGGCUGGCAAAUAGCCUAUAUUCUGUGGGGCUACCUCAUCAUCCAUGUGGUACAGAGCCUGUGUGGCAUGACGAUCAUGUAUAGCCUGGUGUUGCCCAUCAUCCACGGCCAGGGCCUCGAGAUGCUCCAAGGGCUGGGCCUUGGGAUCCUUACCCUAUUCAUCGUCGUGGGCCUCAUGAUCCUUCAGGGGUGGAUUGCUGCCAGCUUCUUCCUGCAGCCCAAACUGGACACAGCUGACAAGCAGAAGCCCUUAGCCCUCAACAACAGAAAAGCCUUCCACAACUUCAACUACUUCCUGUUCUUCUACAACGUGCUGCUGGGACUGGGCGCCUGCCUCUCCAGGCUGCUGAUCAGCUGUCUCCUGGGCUCCUGGCUGAUUGCACGCAUCGACAGGACCAUCAUGCAGAGUGGCUAUGAGGGGGCAGACAUGGGGUUCAGUGCAUGGAUUGGCAUGCUCUAUGUGGACCAUUAUCACACCAACCCUGUGCUGGUCAGCUUUUGCCACAUCCUGAUCACAGGCCACAGGGAAAGGAAACUACGGAAGUCCAUCAAAUACUGGUGCCUAAACCAAUCAGCAGGACCCCGCAUCUCAGCUAAGUCUAGAACCAGGUGGCUCCUGCUGCAGACCCUCAUCAACAACCCCAGACUUGUCUUGCUCAGAAAAUCAAAAUCAGGGCACGGUUCCCGUGAGUUCACCCAAAUUCCGCUGACAUGCUCAGAUUGCUGA